GUUGGUUUAGGAGACACAGGCAUGCAAGUGAAAAUAUUUUCUUUUCAUCAUGAGGAAGGGAAUGUAAAAUAUUCAGGUGUGUGUGCAUGUGUGUGUGUGUGUGUGUGUGUGUGUGUGAGAGAGAGUGUGUGCAAACCUGCAACGCACUCACACUGAGAAGUUCAGGAUUCAAUUAAUUCAAUAAUGAAUCAUAAAAAAACGGUUUCUGGUUCAAUGAGAAUGUCUGGUUAAGAUUGUUUUAUUUAUGGAUUUUUGAGACACAGGAUUUAACUCAUGGGUCAAACGGUUCCUCUGAGACUGCUGGGGUUUCUAAUACAGGUUGUAAGUUUUCAUGGUCUGAUUGGUUCAGCGUCUGUUCAAGUCCAGGUGAAGUUUUGCCGGUUUCCACUCAACCUUGAGCCUGAAACAUUCUCACUUUUACUGGGGAAUAAGGUCCUCAGCAGCAGUGUGGUGUGUCAGAGUGUGUGUGAGUGUAUCAUGGACGUUCAUGUACCACAGUCACCUCCUGAACGGAAUCUGUCUUUACAAUCGUACAAAUUGGACCAGAAGCUGGAACAAAAGCUCCUGCUGGUUCCUCUGCAGAGCUCCUUUCUGAAGGUUGAGGUCUCCACCACAAGCGUUGUUCUGAACUGGACUGACUGGACCAAAGCGCACACACAGCACGUGUGUCUGGAUGGUCAAUGUUGGACACUUACAUCUUCUCAAUCAUCACGCUUGGUGUCGGGACUCCAACCUGGAACACGAUAUGGAGUUACUGUGGAGCAGAAAACACACAUUCACGAUGGCAAUAUCACACUCAUACAGAAGCUGCAGCUAGCUAUUAAGACAGGCCGGUGUCCUGUGGGCUGGAGAGCAACAGGGUGGAACUGUUUCCGGGUCAGACAGGACGUAAGGACGUGGUCUGAAGCACAGCGGGUGUGUGAGAGCGCUGGAACAGGAGUCCACCUGGCGAGUAUGAAGACGGACGCUGACUUUUUGUCUCUUUCUGCCAAACUGCACUCCCACAAUCACCUGGUGCUGCUGUGGACCUCUCUGAAUGAUCGAGGGGAAGAAGGUCGUCUGUACUGGGCUGAUGGCUCUGAAUAUAAUCUGAGUGUUGCUGUAAUAUCAUCGCUCUCAGCCAAUCAGACGGACUGUUUUGCCCUUCAGAGGAACGCCACAGGACCAGGCUUCUUCUUCACCUCUCUACCGUGUGAUGUUCAGCUUCCCUUCCUCUGCCACAUGACAUUGUUACAGGAGUCUUUCUCUGCACUUUAUGUGGACAGCCUGCAGGAGACCAAAGCAGUCUUCAGCUGGUCAGACAAUUCGCAGCUCCUCUCAGCUCUUGGCUCAGUGAUCACCCUGUACGUUUGUGAUAAAUCCGGUAGUCGAGUCUUCACACACACUCUGGUUGGACACACACUGAAUAAGACGUGUGUGCAUGGACUCUCACCUGGACACAUCUAUGACGUCUCGCUCCACCUUACACACCCUGGUGGAGCAUCUCAAACCCUCGGUCCUGUUUUCAUAGUUAAAACCAGACCAAACCCUCCACAGAACAUCACCAUAACAAAUAUCUUACCCAGUCAGAUUGCACUAUGCUGGGCUGCCCCUGAUUCUACCCAUGAUGCUUUGUUUGAGCAGUACUUCCUGCACUGGGUGGAGGUAAAGUCUGGAAAAGGGCGGAGCUUGUGGUUGAACAGAGGAAAUCUCAGUGCCGUGAUUGGUGAGCUGGAGGCUUAUCAUGUGUACAGAAUCAGUCUGGUGUCAGUCACAGCAGAGGGGGUGGAAAGCUAUGAGGCCACACCCCUGGUUGUUUACACAGAGGUUAGUCCUCCACACAGUAUUUCAGUAUCAGAUAUCGGAACAGAAAACGUGACUGUGUGCUACAAACAGCUUGAUGAUGAAAAGGAUGAUAAGUAUCACAUCCAGCUACGGCCACACGCUCUACAUCAGGAGCACUCUCCAAAACCCGGGGUAAAUAGCUCAAAAUGUACUACAUUUACCAAGCUUGUACCUGGUGAGACAUAUGAUGUGGGCGUGGCUAUAGAAAGGGGCGGGAACAGGAGCCAGGAGAAAACACUACAAAUCACACUAAAGCCGGAGAUGGUCAGAGACGCCGUCCCAUGCGCAGUGGACACGGUAUCUGUGCUCCUGUUCGUCCAGAUGCCUACGAGUGGUGUUUAUGAUGGCCUUGCUGUGGCUUAUAGUGGGAACCGCACCUGGAUUCCGAUGUCCAGGGAGACGAGUAAAGCAGUGGUGGGAAAUCUGAUUCCGGGAACAGUGUAUUAUUUCCAGCUGCUUGUCACCAGCAGAGGUGUGAGCAGUGACAGCUUCAGUUUGCUCCCGGUCAGAACCUGUUUGGCGCCUCCAGUGCAUGUGCGUGCCGGUGUUGUGACAAACAGCUCAGCAGAAGUGCUGUGGGAUCGAGCACAAGGCCAUGAACACACGUAUGAAGCCCUUUGUAUCGGCUGCACUGACACCGUCAAGGUGCAAAAAGUGUCCCAGACUCGGGCGGUAUUUCAUGAUUUGAUCGCAGGAAAGCUGUGUAACAUCUCAGUGCGUACAGAGAAGGAAUCUUUUAAAGACAGCGCACCUGUUUUUAUUACAAUCAGAGUUUUCCCCAGCUCGGUCUCAUUACGGCUUGUGCGGAGGACAGCGUCGUCUCUGUGUGUGAGCUGGAGUGAGGGACCCGGAGUGUGUAACUCUUUCAUGCUGUCCAUCAGAAAUUCCACCUACAACCUGCAGAUGAGGCUCAGUGUCUCUGAUGAAAGAUGGUAUAACUUUGACCGUCUUCCUCCUGGAACUGUUUACACAGUCGAGGUGAUAAGUGUGAGUGAAGAGAGAUACAGUUUUCCCACCAAAAUUACUCUUAACACCUUUCCAGCACCACCUGACGGCGUCACCUUUAUUGAACAGGAAGGGAACGCCGUGUACGUCACCUGGACACGACCGCAGGGACAAGUCACGGGCUACAGGUUGUUUUAUGGUCUCAGUACGGACACUUCUCCUCCCAAACGAGUCGUGGUCCACCGCAACCAUGUGAGGAUAAAUGACCUCAUCCCAGGAACUGAUUAUGAGUUUAAGAUCCAGUCCUUUCUGGGGAAAGAUUUCAGCCAGAAUGUCAGCAAGAACUUCUCCACUAGUCCGGCAGGUGUUUGUUCUCUCACUCUGUCACAAUCCAAUUCCUCAUCCUUCACAGUGACUUGGGACGUUGCGUUCGGCCAUUUCGAUUUCCACAGGGUGAAGGUCAGUGAUCGUGUACGCCGAUGGGCGUACGACGUGAAUGCAGAAGCUCGGGAAUACACAGCGAGCAGCCUUCGGGACGGGUGCUCCUACAACGCCACUGUAGAACGAGUGAGGAACAUGCAGACUGGGAAAGCUGCUUCUCUCACCGUACACACAGUCCCUGCUAUUCCCAAAGACGUACAUGUGAUCAGUGUGUCUCCUCGCUCGUUCUCUCUCCACUGGCUGCCAUCUUCUGGAUGUGACCAGCGCUAUUCGGUCCAUCUUACCCCGAACCAUGGCAAUGUGACCCUUCUAACUACCCCAGAUGGACAUAUCCAGGCAAAUGUGUCCAGUGUGACUCCAGGAACACAGUACACAGUAACAGUCAGUGUAGUUGCCUCCUCAGGGCUAAGCUCUGCCGUGAGCCGCUCCAUUACCACCACUGAAUCACUUCCCCAAGCACCCAUUAAACCAGAAGGUGAGCGAGUUGGCUCGAAUGGAAUCCUCCUCUCAUGGAAGAUGCCUCAUCCACCUGACCUGAGCAUCCACUCCUUCAUCAUCAGAUACAAAGAAAUGUGUCCACACCCCGACUCCACCUUCACUGAAGUCACAAAGAGCCUAGAUAUCCCAGAAACCCUGCUGAACACACUCUCACCAGGGGCCACGUAUAAUAUUAAGGUUGCAGCAGUAAACAGGGCAGGAGUCGGACCCUUCAGCCAAUCGCUUUACUUCAAAACUGCUGAAGCACCUCCUGGCAUGGUGACAAACCUCACAGCUUAUGCUCAGAAUCACUCCACAGUGGUACUGACGUGGUCUCUCCCCGUACGCAUCAACGGACUCAUCACUAAGUUUGCAGUUAAAGCCAAACAUGCCAGAACAGGACAGACGGUCCGAACUCUGGAGCUCAACGCAGAGGAGAUAAUGAACGGAGCUCUGCCUCAUUGCAACGAUGCUGCAGACUUUCUAUCCCGUGGAACUCCAAGCCCCUCGAUAACCUCAGUAACGUCUGCAUUGCCAGCUCUCACUAUGUCCCCUAUUCCUCCCGCCUCCAUCUGGAAUGUGCCAAUCACAGUGAGAAUGGAUAAGCUCCGCCCCUAUACAGCCUAUGUGUUCGAGGUGUCCGCCUUCACCAGUGAUGGAGAGGGUCAAAUCGCCAGCACUAUGGUUCGCAUGCCAGAGGCCGCCCCUGAAGAUUCUCCACAGAACUUGUCUGUAUGGAACUUCACCUCAAAAUCUCUCCUUCUGUCUUGGGAGUCUCCAGCCAUCAUCACGGGACGGUAUAGCUAUGUUGUCCAAAUCUACGGCCCUGCAGGUUUAAUAAGUGAGAACAGUACAAGUGAGCAGACCAUCAUUUACACUGGACUGACUCCAUUUACACACUACCACAUUGUUGUCAUGGCCAAAUCUGCUGGUGCUACUGGGCCUGCUGCAGAAACCAGGAUCUCUACACCUUCAGAGGCCCCCAGUGCAGUGUCGUAUCUUCAAGCAGAAGCUGUAGACUCCACGUCUGUGCUCCUGUCCUGGGGAAUCCCCUACCAGCCCAACGGACUCAUCACUCAUUACCGUAUUCUCGUCCUGCACCAUGAGACACUUGUGCAGGACAUCACACUCCGAGAACUGAAGCUGGAUACAAGCCAGAUCAGUGCUAGAGCUGGUACGUUAUCAGGAGUUUCCAAUGACAGCACUCAAGCCCUGCACCGCUCUGCCAGAUCACUUAACAUCAGCGAGGCUUCUGAUCCCACCAGUGUACCUCUGAGCUCUUCUAGUCUCACUCACUUCACUGCUACUGAAAAACCCAACACUGAUACAACAGACUCACACUUCACCCUCUUACACACUGCUGGAACAUCCAGCCUGACCCUGACCUCCACUGCUCCUCCAACCCGCCCCCCUUGGCUCGCCCUCACCUCCACUCACGGCUCCUCAAACACUAACACUAAUGCUGUGGAUCUCGUAACCAACGUUUCAUCUCUGACCCCAGGAUCUGACCUGGGACCCAUUAUGAGCUCCGUCCGACCACAUCUGUCCACAAGAGCGGCGAUCACAGGCACGAUGUUCACACAAACAGCAGCCAUGAGCCAGAUAGAGGUUCUGCCUCCCUAUGAAGAGCUGGUGAACUUAUCAUCUAAUCACAUCUCCUACGUGGUGACGAGACUGAGUCCUUUUACUGACUACAACUUCAGCGUGUCUGCCUUCACUAUUGUCGGAGAAGGACCCGCCAGACUGAUCGCACAGAAAACUCCAGAACAGGUUCCUAGCUCUGUUCAGGACCUGUCUUAUAAGAACAUAAGCUCCACCUCCAUCUCCGUAAGCUGGAAUCUGCCUCUGAACCCGAACGGGAAGAUCACGCAUUACACGCUCUAUGUCCUCAACCUGGAGGGUAACGUGACCCAGCAAAAAGUUACAAACACAACCAGUAUCGUCCUUACAGAUUUGGAUAAAUACACAGAGUAUAAGGUGCGUGUGGCUGCUUCGACAGCAGCAGGAGAAAGUCCUGAAUCUGAUGAGGAUAACAUCUUAGUACUGACACCUGAGGAUGAACCAGAUUCUCCUCCUUACAACCUGGUUGUUCUGAACACAACGUCGUCCACAGCUACCAUCUCCUGGUCUCCUCCAAAUAAACCCAACGGCAUCAUCGUUUUCUACGAGGUGACCUACAGCAACGCUACAUUUAGCUACAUGGUGAACUCGACUGUUCCCAGUGUCACCCUGCACCACCUCAAACCGUACACUCUGUACGACGUCACUGCACGCGGCUUCACACGACUCGGACAUGGAGAUCAGACCUCACCAGUGCUUCAGAUGCUGUCAGGAGAAGAUGUACCUGGCAGUCCUCCAUACGAUCUUGCCUAUGACAGCAUCAGCUCCAGCGAGGUGAACGUGUCCUGGUCGCCACCCCUUGUGCCCAAUGGGGUCAUCUUGUAUUAUAGUGUGGAGUACUGGAACACCACACACACUCUGAACAUCACGACACACACAUCAUCCGUUCUCCUGUCCAACCUACGCAAGUACGCACGCUAUCGCCUCAGCGUUCAGGCAGCCACACGAGUCGGAUUGGGGAACCACAGCAGCGAAACCCUCAACAUCACCACUUUGGAAGACGUUCCAAAUGGUCCGGUCCAUAAUCUCUCGGCUCAGCUGUACGGCUCUACGGCAGUAGUGAUUAGUUGGGACCCCCCUUUGGAGCCGAAUGGCAGAGUGUUCUACCAGCUGAACCUGCAGGAGGCGGGAAUAACACACCCGUCCGUCAACCGCACAGAAAAUCAGACCAUUGAUAGAACCACCACAGACACGAUUCACCUUUUCACCAAACUCAGGAAGUACUUCCCGUAUGUACUACAAGUUACCCCGGCAACUAGUGCAGGCUCCGCCCUAGAACACACCUCCGUACUGCACCUGAGAACGGAUGAUGAUGUACCCAGUUCAGCUCCAUUACUGGAUGUGAGCAGGAAUCUCUCCUCCACCUCAAUCCUGGUAUCAUGGGACGCUCCUGUGGAGCCGAAUGGAGAGAUAAUCGAAUACGCUGUAGUUCUGCAGGGACCCCGGACAUCCAACAUCACAUACACACCCGACUCAGAGCUUACUUUCACAAACCUGACCCCGUACAAACCCUACAACCUCUCCAUCUCUGCGGUGACUCGCAAGGGCAUGGGACCGUCCCUCAUGCUGGCUCUGCACACCGAUGAAGCAGGUCCAAUGUCUCCUCCACAGAACCUGAGCAUCUUUAACCAGUCUUCUGACUCGGUGUGGCUCCAGUGGGAACCCAGUCUGGAGCCCAACGGCGUCGUUCAGCAUUACGGAUUCAAAAUAGUGGAACUAAACACAAACGCUGUUAUAUACCAGAACUCCACAGGUGCCUCUACUGAGGUUGAAUUGAGUGGCUUUAAACCCCAUAGCUCUUAUGAGAUCAGUGUGUCUACUUACACCAAUGCAGGCAAUGGAGAUCAGUACAGUCUUCCUAUUAACUUUACUACCCCUGAGUCAGUGUCCGAGGAGGUUGGAAAUUUGUCCUGUUCGGGCCUGGACUGGGAUUCAGUGUACAUGGAAUGGGAGCCUCCAGCAAACCCAAACGGAGAGAUCUUACAUUACCAGAUUGUCUCCGCAGAUCACAGAAUGGACGCGUUCCCCAUAAAGAUUGAACACAAACUGGUGUACACUUUCAGUGCUCUGCAUCCCGAUAUGUUUUAUAUCAUCUCUGUAGCUGCUGUUAAUUCGGCAGGUCCAGGAAUGGAGGCCAACUGCACGGCACACACACUACCAGAAUCAGUUCCUGGCCCCCCGAAGUCGCUGUCUGUGGUAAAUAAAAGCUCUGAGGCAGUGACUGUGAGUUGGCACCGUCCUACCCGAGUCCCAGGCCACUUACGGGGUUACAGAGUGGAAAGACAGCGUCUGGCAACGGUGUGCGAUCAAGAAGUUGAUUCUACAUGUGUGGAGAGUGAAGUUUUCCUGUGGGUAAACGCAACCGAAUAUGGAACAAGGGAGAUUGGGUCGAAGGAGAUUACAGUAACACUGCACCCUCUGCGAAAAUACAGACGUUAUCGAGUCAGAGUGGAGGCAUGGACCAACGCGGGAGCUGGAGAACCUACAGAGUGGAUAUACAUACAAACACUAGCAGGAAACCCUGAUGCCCCACCACUCGACAUCUCUGUCCUUCCCUCUGUCUCUGGGAUGAAAAUCACAUGGGAUGAACCUGCAAUCAUCUCAGGCCCCACCUCCUACCUCAUUGACGUCAUUUCUCUGGAUGGAUCAGGUAGUAAUGUAACAGUGGUGAGGAACGCAAAUGAAAUCAGGAUGGUGGUCAUCGGGAACCUGAGUGCGUACACUUAUUACACAGUUACUGUCACUGCCUUUACUGGAAACGUGAGCGACGCCCACCGAGACGGCAUGGCAGCUGAGCCUGUUGUCAUCAGGACGCUAGAGGGGGAACCAAAGGACCCCCCAAAAAACCUGACCCUGACCAUCCUGCCAGAGGAAGUGAACCGUGUCGUGGUAACGUUUUUACCACCGGACGAGCCGAACGGCAACAUCAGCGCCUAUCACGUGUAUAUUUACCGCGAUGGACAGUUGGACUUUGAGAUCCGCAGCCUGCCUGUGGUCAGUAACCCGAACAAGACCAUGACCGCUGUUAUAGAAGGUUUUAAAGGAGGAUUCAACUACAGCAUACAGAUUGCUGCAGUGAAUGGCGCAGGAUUCGGACCCAGGUCAGAAGUUAAAGUCAGCAUGCCAAUAAAAGCCCCACCAAUGCCCUCCAGGAGGCCGAUGGUAACCCUGAACAGUGUCGGCGCUGUCAUGGCAACGAAGCAAACCAUCACUAUCGAGAUGCCACUGUGUUUUUUCUCAGAUGUCAACGGGCCUAUUGAGAAAAUCCAGGUCAUCGUCUCUGAGCCGGCCGUGAUGGACUACAGUAAUGUAUCUAACUGGAAGAGCGUGUUCCACCACCCUUCUGCCCCGUAUGUGACGGACGAAGGCUUUUUAAAUCCAGAAUGCUCAGAGGAUCCUGGUCCGGCUGUGGAAAUAUCUCGCAGGAUCAUACACUCCAAGUUUUACGUGAUAGGAGCGGAUGAAGGAUGUUUCUCUGAGGAGGCGCAGAUCCUCUGUAACGGGCCUCUCAAACCCAAAACAUAUUAUGUAUUUAAAUUUCGUGCGACGAAUAUCCUCGGCCAGUACACAGACUCGGAGUACUCGGACCGGACCAGAACCGCAGAUGGGGGUCUUUUGACCCGGGAUGAACAUAUCAUACUCGGGGUGCUCCUGUCUUUCUUCCUGGCAUUGUUCCUGAUCCUAAUUAUAUACGCUUCUGUUCGGAUCCAUCAGAGGCAAAAGGAGGGUGGCACUUAUUCUCCACGAGAAGCAGAGAUUAUUGAGACCAAGCUGAAGUUGGAUCAGCUGAUAGCCAUGGCAGACAUGGAGCUGAAAGAGGAAAAAGUUCAGAGGUACUCCUCCUUUUUCUUUAGGAGGAAGGAGAUAUAUGUCAUCCAGCCGAUCAGUAAAAAGGCGUUCAUUCAGCACGUGGAGGAGCUUUGUGCCAACGACAACGCCAAGUUUCACGAGGAAUUUGCUGAACUUCCCAAGCUUCUGCAUGACCUGGCAACAUCGGACGCCGAUCUGCCGUGGAACCGCUCGAAAAACCGCUUCACCAACAUUAAACCCUAUAACAAUAACCGAGUGAAGCUGCUUUCUGAGCCGGGGAUCCCAGGCUCUGAUUACAUCAACGCUAGUUUUGUCUCUGGUUAUCUGUGCCCUAAUGAGUUUAUAGCCACUCAGGGGCCGCUUCCUGGUACCGUGGCUGAUUUCUGGAGAAUGAUUUGGGAAACCAGGACCAAAACCAUCGCUAUGCUCACCCAGUGUUUUGAGAAGGGUCGGAUCCGCUGUCACCAGUACUGGCCGGAGGACAACAAGCCGGUCAGUGUGUUUGGUGACAUCGUUAUUACAAAGCUGACGGAGGACGUGCAUCCCGACUGGACUGUCAGAGCUCUUAGAGUGGAGAAGAAUGGCGACUACAUGGUGGUGCAUCACUUUAACUACACCUCCUGGCCAGAGCAUGGUGUUCCUGAGUCCAGCUCCACCUUAAUCCAGUUUGUCAAAGCUGUCAGAUCCAACAGAGGCCAUGACAAUGCAACAAUCGUAGUGCACUGCAGUGCUGGCGUGGGCAGAACCGGAGUCUUUAUAGCUCUAGACCACCUGAUUCAGCACAUCCAAGACCACGACUUUGUGGACGUGUACGGCCUGGUGGCAGAACUGCGCAGUGAGAGGAUGUGCAUGGUGCAGAACCUGGCGCAGUACAUGUUUCUUUAUCAGAGCACUCUGGAUCUGCUGACCAGCAAAGGCAACAGUCAGUCCAUCUGGUUUGUUAACUACUCAGCGUUGGAGAAAAUGGACUCGCUGGAUGCUAUGGAAGGUGAUGUUGAGUUGGAGUGGGAAGAGACGACGAUGUGAGCGCUCUGAUUUCAACGCUUGUGACAACUUCACUUAAGAGCGCGGACGACAGGAGCACUGCGGCCAAACACAGACAAAACACCAGGAAUAUUUAUGAUGCCGACAGUUUGCACACACACACACCCACACCCACAUGUGAGUGUAAUCACUUCAGACUUUCUCUGCUCACGUCGUUAGCUCACCGAAAUACUCGAUCAAAGACAGAGCAGUGAAGUGAAAUGUACAGGUACAGGAUUGAAUUUCGCUGCUUACUUUUUAUUUUUUGUCCUUCAGUUCUGCACUGUUUGGGUUUAUAUGGCACCAUGUACACUUUAACGACUUAAAAAUGUAAAAACUAAUUUAAAACUCUCUGUGUUGAACAUGAAAUCAGUUUUUAUAUAGAAAAAGUGUAAAAAAAAAAAAAAAAGGUUAGAAAAAUGUAUUAGAUAAUUAUCAUAGUUAUAGAUAUAUGUAGGGAAUAUAAAUAAAUUAAUAAAUAAAUAAACAAACAAAUAAGUUAAUUAAUUAAUUAAUAAUUAGACAUUUUAUUGUUCCGUCACGUCGCUCUUUAAUCUCACGCUAACCUUUUCUUUUACGUGUUAUCAGUUACAUCAUUUAUUUAUUUUAUUCCUACAUUUAUUACACUGCACACAGCAGCAGACAAAAACCCAGCACUCGUCCACUCACCGUUUUUAAUUUGUUUCUCGUUUAAUAAAUUUUUAUCAUAAAUUAUUAAGCCAAACAAGUGUUUUAUGUGAGGAGUUACACAUAUACAGGAUACUCUGAGUGUAUAUUUUCAAAUGAAACAGUAUUUGUGUUUUCAAAUAAAUGUGAUUUUUGUCUGAA